AUGAGCGGCAAGGAAGGAUCUGGUGGGUUCAGAAAACGAAAGCAUGACAAUUUUCCACAUGGUCAAAGGAGAGAGGAAAAGGAGAAUGUUAAUCCAUCUUCAGCUUUGAUGAUGUCUUUUAAAUCCUUUCAGCUGGAGCUUGACACCAGGCAUGACAAAUACGAACGGCUUGUGAAGCUCAGUCGUGAUAUAACUAUUGAAAGCAAAAGAACAAUAUUUCUGCUCCACAGGUUUACCAGUGCUCCCAAUGGGGAAGAAAUACUAAAUGAAUCUGAAGUCAAGCUAGAUGCUGUCCGACGGAAAAUUAAGCAGGUUGCACAAGAGCUGUUUGGAGAAGACAUGUAUCAGUUCCACAGAGCUAUAUCUCCAGGACUUCAAGAAUAUGUUGAGGCAGUCUCAUUUCAGUAUUUUAUCAAAACACGAUCUUUGAUUAGUGUUGAAGAGAUCAAUAAACAACUAAUAUUUACAGCAGAAGACAGAGAAGAAACAACAAACAUGAGCUCCAGUUCCCAUGAUAAACAACCACAGACGUGGAGCCUGAAGGUCACACCUGUAGAUUACCUGCUGGGAGUGGCUGAUCUAACUGGAGAGCUGAUGCGGCUGUGCAUCAGCAGCGUUGGGAACGGUGACAUAGACACGCCUUUUGAACUGAGCCACUUCCUGCGUCAGAUUUAUGACGGUUUUACUUUCAUUGGCAACACUGGACCUUACGAAGUAUCUAAGAAGCUCUAUACCUUGAAACAGAGUCUGGCAAAAGUAGAGAAUGCCUGCUACACGUUAAAAGUACGGGGAUCUGAAAUCCCGAAACACAUGCUGGCUGAUGUGUUCUCCUCCAAAACAGAAUUGAUUGACCAAGAGGAGAGUCUUUCUUAAAUCAGGGAGACUGUUGCAACUCAGAAG